AUGCAAACCUCGAGAACAGUGCCCAUCGCGGUCUAUUGGGCCUACUCCGGCGUGCACACGGCGCUGGGGAAUUCGCGGCUCAUGGACAAGUACCGGCUCAACACCAAAGACGAGGAGGACCGCAAGAACAUGGUGUCCAAGCGCGCCGUCAUCCUCAAUGUCCUCAUGCAGCUCGCCGCCCUCGCCCUGCUCACCAUGGUACCGACGACGGCGGCGAAGGCCGACGGCGUCUCACGGACGGCGGCGUACCUGACGGCGGCGGCCCGGAUCGCGGCGGCCGUGCUGGUGUUCGACGCGUACCGGUACGCGUGGCACCGGCUGGCGCACCUCAACCGGUUCUUGUACCGGCACCUCCACCCGUGGCACCACCGCAUCGUGGUGCCCUACGCGUUCGGCGCCAUCUACGGCCACCCGGUCGAGGUCCUCAUCGCCGACACGGCCGGCGCCUCGCUCGCCGUCCUCGUCACCGGCCUGUUGCCGUCGUCGCCGCGCGCCACGGCCAUGUUCCUCACCCUGUGCACCGUGAAGGCCAUCGACAACCACUGCGGCGUGUGCCUGCUGCCGCGCCGCCUGCAGUCGGUGUGGAACGGCGCCGCGUACCACGGCGUGCACCACCUGCCGCGCGGCGUCAGGUACAACUUCUCCGACCUCUUCUUCGUCACGUGGGACCAUGUGUUCGGGACCCACAUGCCCUACGCCGUCGAGGAGAGGCCCGGCGGCGACGGCCUCGUGCUCAAGCCGCUGCCGCCUCCCAAGAACAACUAAUUAAUUAGUUAACGGCAUGCUCGAUCAAGAGGCAUGCAGUCACGUAUUACUCCUACUACUACUCCUAGUUAGUAUCGUUUUUUUUUUGUACUACUAGUUAGUAUAGUUGUUAUAUGUAGAUUAGCCAAUAAGCACGCAAGCUGCAUGUGUAUGUACCUGUGGCUUGCAUGCAUGCAUGCAGCUACAAAACUGAGUACGUGAUAGCCAGUGAGAUGUGGGUGUUGAAGUCAGCGGGUAGACGUACGUGAGCCGGUCAAACUAUUUGCUCGCUGCGCCGAGUGCCAACUACAACUACCAUUUCUUUUCUAUAGCAUGCAUGUUUUCAGUAAUUUUGUGAGUCACUCUAUGUAAUAUAUGUAUUCUAUUCAAUAAAUAAAGUGUUGAAGUUUGCUUA